UCGGUCUGAUUAUGAGUUCUUGGAUGAACUGUCCGUCCUCUUUGCUGCUGUUGCUGUUAGGCUUGAGCCUGCACAGCGCGUGCAUCACGCGAGCGAACGUUGCCGGUCAGCACGGUAGUCAAGACGGUGGUCACGAGUCCUUAGUGGUGGAGACUACUAGUGGGCUGAUGCGCGGUUUCUCUCGCACGGUGCUCGAUCGUGAGGUUCAUGUGUUCUAUGGAGUGCCAUUCGCGAAACCUCCCGUUGGGCCUUUGCGAUUUCGCAAGCCGCUGCCGAUUGAGCCCUGGCACGGGAUUCUGAACGCUACCAUCUUGCCCAAUAGCUGCUAUCAAGAGCGCUACGAGUACUUUCCAGGCUUUGAGGGUGAGGAGAUGUGGAAUCCUAAUACCAACAUUUCCGAGGACUGUCUCUACCUCAACAUUUGGGUGCCGCAGAAGUUGCGUCUACGUCAUAAGGAGUCGCCAGACAACGUUGGUAAUAACGGUAUGGCGAUAUUGGUCUGGGUUUAUGGCGGCGGCUUCAUGAGCGGCACCGCCACCCUGGACGUCUACGAUGCCGACAUUAUGGCGGCGGCCAGUAAUGCGAUCAUUGCUUCGAUACAGUAUCGUGUCGGGGCCUUUGGCUUUCUGUACCUCAAUCAGCACUUUGUCAAUAGCGAAGAGGCGCCGGGUAACAUGGGCCUCUGGGACCAGGCCUUGGCUCUUAAGUGGCUCCGUGAAAAUGCGCGCGUCUUCGGCGGCGAUCCCGAUUUGAUUACAAUUUUUGGCGAGUCUGCGGGUGGUAGUUCAGUGUCCUUACAUCUCAUCUCGCCGGUCACGCAAGGUCUAGUGCGUCGAGGUAUCCUUCAGAGUGGCACCCUCAACGCCCCAUGGAGUUACAUGACCGGCGAAAAGGCAAACGAGGUGGCUCGUGUGCUGGUAGAUGAUUGCGGAUGCAAUUCGACAAUGCUGCAAGAAAACCCGGCACGUGUUAUGGCCUGCAUGAGGUCGGUGGACGCGAAAACUCUCUCCGUGCAGCAGUGGAAUAGUUAUGGGGGCAUUCUCGACUUCCCGUCGGCGCCCACCAUCGACGGAGUCUUCCUGCCUAAAGAUCCAUUGGACUUGGUCAAAGAGGCGGAUUUCAAAAACACCGAGAUCCUGAUUGGAAAUAACGAGAACGAAGGAACAUAUUUUAUUCUAUACGAUUUCAUUGACUUCUUCGAGAAAGAUCAAGCCAGUUUUUUGGAGCGAGAUAAAUUUCUCAACAUCAUCAAUACUAUCUUCAAGAAUAUGUCGCAAAUCGAGCGUGAAGCCAUCAUUUUUCAAUAUACCGAUUGGGAUCGGGUGAACGAUGGUUAUCAGAAUCAGAGGGCGAUAGCAGACAUCGUGGGCGAUUAUUUCUUUAUCUGCCCAUCCACACAUUUUGCGCAAUUAUUCGCAGAUCGCGGCAUGAAGGUCUACUAUUACUUUUUCACGCAGAGGACAAGUACGAAUGUAUGGGGCAAAUGGAUGGGUGUGAUGCAUGGUGACGAAGUGGAAUAUGUCUUUGGGCAUCCCUUAAAUAAAUCAUUGGAAUAUACCGACAAUGAACGAGAUCUUUCUUUGAGAAUGAUUCACUACUUCUCGCGAUUUGCAUAUACGGGGAUGCCAACAGUAACCGAAACAGAGUGGCCAUCUUAUACCAGAAAUCAUCCAAAGUAUUUUAUUUGGAAUGCAGAAAAGAAGAAUGCUUUUGGCAGAGGUCCUCGCACAACAGCCUGUGCAUUUUGGAACGAAUUUCUGCCGCGCCUAAAAGGUGUUCCUGAUCCCACACCCGAGGCAUGUAAAAGUGCAAUGGCGUCGAGCGUUUCUGCCGGUGUCAGCCAACUGCAUAGUUCGUCAACAAUUGCGUCCAUCAUCUUACUUCCGGUGCUGGUAGUAUAUAGAUUUAUAUAAGCGAUUCACCUCCAUGUCGAUAAAUCCUUUUCAUAGCUGGCAGGUACCUGACUGGGCAGAGAAGUUCCAUCGGCGUUACCGUCCGACAAACAGGUCGUAUAAUGAGCGUUGUUUACGCUUCAAGGUCGUAUUAGCGGUCGUCAACCAUUCGUAGAUCGAUAGGUCGCCGUAAGACGUAUGCUAUUGUUGUAUAGCAACAGUCCGUCUUUAAUUGUGUCAUUAUGGCACCGGCACUAGUAACACAGCGCGACGUUUGCGAAUGAUAAUCAGAAUGCUCCGCAUCUUGGCGUGAUGCAUUCGCUGUUUCGAGAUAGCCGUAGACUUAGAUAUAUGUCGCGAUCUGCGAUUGAAGAAGACAAAAGAUACUCGACAAAAGACCGAGAUGGAACCCUGCGAUUGGCUCUAACAAGAGUUGAUCUAAUUUUGACGAUUCGUAGUUGGGCAUCCAUCUUCGUACUUGAUCGAUCCGGUUCUGGCUUAGGCUCCAAUUCUUUUCUUGUUUUCUGUUAUCUCCUGGAAUGUGCUCUCGUUGACUCUUUUGAUUCGAUCGAUCCUAUUUCUACUGAUCUGAUUGAUAAUUUGACAUAUGCCUUGCGAGAUAUUGCUACUGGCAAAUCUGCGUGAAUUUAUUUUGCAACCUUACAAACGUUUCUAAAAUAAUCACUGCUUUAUAAGUGUAAUAGUUUAAAUUAAUUGAGUGCUUAGUAAUAGUCUAAAUUAAGCGAUUGCUUAGGAGUCGUUAUUUGAAUAAUUGUGAAAAUGGCAAUUGCAAGAGUUGUGAAAAAAUUUGAUGUAAUUGAAUAAAGGAACGGUACAGAUUUCAUACGGAUACGAAAAUAGCUAUUACACAACGAUAACGAGUUAAAUAAAUUAUUUGUUAUUCGUUGUUUGACAAAUGAGAAAGAUAAAUGGCGAUCUAUCUCGAUCUCGUAUAAGAUAUACAACAUUCGAUGAAUUAUACAAUUGACGAUUUAGCGUGAUAUAAUUUUGGGAUUUGCCAAGUCCUUACGGAUCAGGUUAAACAUAGAGAUUCAACUUUGAUUCAAUGCGGACGGCAAUAAAUUCAGUAAUAUAUUUUAACGGGUGCACGAGAUAAGCUGUAACAGCGGUGCGAUCAAUCUCUUCGUUAUUAAUUAUAAGAAGCCAGCUGCAACCGGUGCAACAUCUUGUAAUGUAUUUGAUCUCUUACAAUUAGUUUGCAAUGUAGUCGAUUGUCUAGCACGCGAUCAAGUUUUAUAUGCAAUAUCAAUUUCAGAGCAGGAAGCAAAAGAUGAAAGAGAGAAUGAGGAUAGUAAAUAACGAACACGACAGUAAAUAAAGAAUAUUGAAGAAAAUUAAUUGAUAUGAAAGGGCGUGGUUGUUAACUCUGAAUUUAAUAAGCUGGAAAGAGCAUGAUUAAUAACAUAUCGCGAUUUUUACUACUAGCGUUAAAAUUGCGAAACUUUCUUUAAAAAAUUUUGAGUGCGGCGCGCGCGCGCGCGCACACACACACACACACACACACACACACACAUAUUCCGCUUAUGAUAAAAAAGCGUUAAAUUAAAUUCAAGCAACUAGAGCAAAAUUAAAUGCAUAUCCUAAAUUAGAACAAAUGUUUUGCAAUCAGCUGAUCAUAUCAGUUGUAUCUAUAUCUGACAAUACAUUCAUGAUAAAAUGCAAUUCUGUAACAACGGAAGAGAUUUGGCGAAUAAUUGAAUAGUAAAUGUACGUUUUUUAGUAAAUGUACGAGUUUGAA